AUGAAAUCAGUAACCGGCGUUUUGUGCCCGCCCGUCAUUGACCAAAUGGCAUCCGAGGAACAUUCACCACAUGGGGAGUAUACCGCAGGUGAAGAGCAUUCCAAUGGAAUCCCUACCGCUUGGAAUGAUCUAUCCUACCACGGUAGAGCCACCGAUAUCAAUGAGGGAUUUCUGGAACCGGAAUGGGUUUCUCUUCAUUUGGUGCACAACCGCCUACUUUCAGUAGAUGCAAGGCAUAGCCCGUCGCUUAGCCAGUCGCAUAACCAUCAUGAGAUCUCGAAUCGUAGUAUUGGGGAUCCCGCAAAUCAUCCCGGCCUGGGUAUGAGCGUGCUGUCUACCGCAAACGAUUUCCAGUCCGACAUCUUCACUUUUGGCCAUCACCAUUGCCAAGUGCCAGAGAAUAAUUUUUCAUCAGAAGCCGUUGAAGGGUUUGGUCCUCGAGCCCUUAACGGUGUGAUGCAAUCCAAUGCUUCGGUUCCUCGAUCUACCCAAUUAAGGGUCCAUGUGAAUAUUGCGCCAAACCCCGAUGGGCUUCUUAGAUUACAGCUCGAGGGGGGAAGAAGCCAAAAUGUCGACACUACAAAGCGCCGCCGAUCGUGGCCGUCGCAAAGGAAUUCUGCGCAAAGAUCAAAGCCAGAGCAAAUUGAACGCGAAAACCACACCAUUCGAUUACUGAGAAAGGAGAAGAAGCUGUCCUGGAGAGACGUCGUGACGGCUACCAAUGAAGAGUAUGGGAAGAAUUACUCUGUAUCUUGUCUUCAAAUGCGAAUGACACGAAUGAAGCAGCGCUCUCAGCACUGGUCCGAGAACAAUAUCCAAGCGCUGCAUCAGGUGCAUAAUUUUCUGGGAAUCGUCAAAGUUUGA